AUGAACAGUACCAACACUAACAAUGUCGGCGGUAGCGGAGGGUCCAACAAUGUCGGCCCCGCAGCUACCACUCACGAGCAGAGUCUGUACAGUCAUCUGUAUGGAAAAGAAAUGGGUUUGAUGAGAAAGUUAAGCAAUAUCGAUGACUACCCAAAUCACGUCGUUGCGGCCGCGGCCCGCAAUUAUCAGCAACUGUUGCAACAUCCCGACAGCGUCAUACCGCCAGGAGCCGGCCACCAAAUGCAGCAAAACUUCGCUGCUCAUCCACAUGCCGCUAAAUUCAAUCAGUUCAAUUACCCGAGUGCGGGUGGUUUGCUAAAGCCCUGCUACGACUACUCCGGACAGCAGCAACAGCAGCAACACCACUUGCAAUCCCAUCAGACAGCAUCGGGAACGGCGGCCCCGACGUCCAAUCAACAGAUGAAAAAGGAAAUAUUUAAUCUGGGUGGCAGCAAUGGAGCAGAUAUAUACUCACCUCAGUCGGCACCAGGAAACGCCACCACGUCAUCGCCUGUGGCCUCAGCCAGCGGUUCGACCAACACCACCGCCACUUUAUCAUCCAUGGCAAAUGGGGGAGGCGGCGCAGGAGGCAGUGGUUCACUGUCAUACAUGAAUCUUCAUCAGCCAUCAUCCGCAGCUGCAGCAGCCGCCGCCGCCGCAGCCGCUGCUGCCAUGUAUGCCAAUCAUUUCAGCACUAGUGGACCGAACGGCACAGGUGCUUCGCUGGACAAUGCCGGUGACAGUCUGGCCGAUUUCAACCCGAUGCGUAACUCCAACAAUUCCAACCCUCACUCCACCGCCGGCAGUAACAACAAUCUAAUCAAAUCCGCCACCGACCCGUCAGCCCUCAUGGCAAGAAGCUCAAUUAUGAAUAAUUUAAAUAAUAAUCUUAAUAAAAUCGAACCAAAUAACGAUACCACUCUUAACGAUAAUAACAAUAAUCCACAUAAUCAUCACCAUCAGCAGCAGCAGCAGCAGCAACAGCAACAGCAACAAGGCCACAAUCAUCUCUCCGCGCACCAUCAGCAGCAACAGCAGCAGCAGCACCAUCCGGGCGGCGGUCACGGUGGCCAUCAUCAGUCCUCGCCAUUCCACCAUCAAAUGAUGGGAGGCGUUGGUGGUGCAAGCGGUGGCGGAUCCGGUCCUGGCAAUAAUGACGAUGAUAACGAUAAAUUAUCGUCACCAUUAACGGGUACCUCUACGCUUACCAAUCCCGAUUUGAACGAUCCAGAGAACGAUAGCAAUGAUGAUGGGUAUACGAUUCUGUAA